CGCGAGCAAGCGUCACGGCAAAUACGAGGCCAAGUGCGCCUCCUCCUUGGCGCUUCUCGUAUCCCGUUUUGGGCACCACGCGGAUCUUCGUAGGGCACGCCACCACGUUUCCCAACGUCAUAGGAAAGGACCAUAUUGCGACUAUAAAGCUGCAACGCGAGGAGCGACAGGAUUCCUUUUCCGUUUCCCUCAGAUCAAACACACUCGCUUAAACCCGUAACACUAUGCAGCUCACUACCGCUAUCCUCUCUCUCUUCGCCGCUGCCGCUUCGGCGGCGCCUGCGAGCGGGUCGGCUUGCCCAGCUCCGACACGCAAGUUCGGGAUCAUGGCGCUUCGGUCCGCCUCCCCAAUCCAUUUCGCAAGCGUCGGCGCCUCUCAGAACGGAAUUGCCUUGAACCUUCCCGAUAAUAAGCUCGAUGCCAAAUGCACUGACGGGAAGGCGAGGAAGGAUGCCACCUUCUACAUCAAGGACGAGGAGCUGUACCUCUACGGCAAGGGUGACGUCGUACAACAGUUCCUGGUCGACCGUUCUGGCAUGGGCCAGGGCGUUGUACGUUACUUCACCAAGGGCCCUACCCCGCCCGGUGGUAGACUGGAAGUGAAGGGCUGGGCCAUUGACAAGAAUGACAACCUCGCCUUCAACGGCACCGGUCUCCAGGCUUGCCCCAACACCGUCGACGGCUCCUGGAACAUCUGGCUCAAGGUCGUCGACAAGCCAGCGCAGCAGGAAGGAUGCCUGCCAUUCACCGGCCGUACGAUUACCGCUAAGAAGCCGGUGCAGUGUACAUAUAGCGAUUACGUUCCAGCCUGAGAACCUGUCAUUCUGUCACUGGUUUUUGCUGUAUGGGUUGACUGGGCUCCUGAGAUGGAGUCCAUCUUCAGAGGAUGAAAAGAUGUCUAGUUGCGAACAAUAGUAAUAAUUAUGCAUCCUGGGUUACCGAACA